CCCAUCUAGUUUCCAUUUUUAUAUCGUCAAAGUCAAAGUAGUGAUAGUUCAGGAGCUUUCCUUCUUCAAAAAUCUCACUUUUCUCACUAGUUAAUGCCCAUAUAAGCUCAAGUUCAUUUCAAGAAUUACUACAACUUUCCAAAUAUAUAUAUAUACAAAUUACAGAGGAUUUGAAAAGGUCAAUACUUAAUUGUUUCGCAUCAAAUUCAGAUACUGACUGCACCACAGGUUGCAUAUUUGAUACGGUGAGAUCAACUUUAAGUCUGAAUUAUAAUUACCUCAUUCAUGAUAAUUCAGUUCUCCAGGAUGCAGCCACGUCACACUCGGCGUCGAUCACUUGAGAGAAAUGAAGAGAGACGUAGAAGCAAUGGCAGUAGUAGAAGUAGUUGGGCUGAAAUAUGUUGUUUGGGUUGCACCUGCCUGCAGCUGUUGUGGCCCAGGGUUGUUCUUCGAAAAUGGCUCAACAUCUCUUCUAAGGAUUCUGAUUUCAGCGCCGACACUGAUGUCGACGACAUUGAUGAUGAUGAAGAUGACCGCAACGACGAUGAUGACGAGGACAGCAACAACAACAACAACAACAACAAGGACAGGAAUUUCACUGGUGAUCUAGAACCCGAAGACAACCUACCACGAUUAAGAAGGCGAAACUCUGAAACUCAUAGGGCACAAUACAUACAUAAAAAAGAAAUCAGAGUAUGUGUUGGGACAUGGAAUGUUGGUGGAAAACAUCCUCCUGCUGAUCUAGAUAUUGAGGAAUGGGUAAACAUCAAUGAUCCGUCUGACAUCUAUGUUCUAGGUUUCCAGGAAAUUGUACCACUAAAUGCUGGAAACAUAUUAGGAGCUGAAGAUAAGCGACCAAUCUUCGAAUGGGAAAAUAUCAUUCGAGAUACACUUGGUAGAGUUCCUGCAAAAAAGGGCUAUAAAAGCUACAGUGAUCCCCCCUCUCCAUCAAAGUUCAAGCCGGCAGAUGAUGUCCCUGAUCUGGAGGAUCAUAUAUCACUUGGUUCUGAUAGUGAAGGGGAGGAAGAAGUGUAUCCUUUGGAUGAGGAUCCCAUUGGAUUCUAUGAAGUAAGGGACAAACUGGUCAGUGGUGAUGGAAUAUUCAAGUAUCAGGAAGUUUCAAAUGAUGAAGGCGAAAAGAAUUUAAGGAAGCAAUUUUCUUGUCCAAAGAGGUUGGAUAGAUUACGCUGCUUUCCAUCAGGGAAUUUAGUUGAUGAAUUCAUCAAGAAUCCAGUGACUAUGAAGUUAAACAAAACUCUAAGUGGAACAGAAAGGAUUGGUCUGAGUUGGCCUGAGCCACCCCUCGAUUUGUUAGCUCAACGUAUUUUGGAGAGACCAUAUAGUUUUAAGUCCACAAAAUCUUUUAAAAAGGACGAAUCAUUUAGGGCAUACGAUUCUUUCAGGAUAACUGGUGAUAACAAGACACUGUCAGAUGCUGCUGCACUUGCAGAACUUGAUCUUGAAUCACUUAUACAGCGUAGAAGGAAACCUGAAUAUGUGAGGAUAGCAAGUAAGCAAAUGGUUGGAAUUUUCCUCACAAUAUGGGUUCGCAAAGACUUGCGCAAACAUAUUCAGAACCUGAAGGUGUCUACUGUUGGUGUUGGUGUAAUGGGAUAUAUUGGUAAUAAGGGAGCAGUUUCGAUCAGCAUGUCUAUAUAUCAGACUCUUUUCUGCUUCAUAUGUACUCAUCUAACAUCUGGAGAAAAAGAAGCUGAGCAAAUAAAACGAAAUGCUGAUGUGAAUGAAAUACACCGGAGGACAUAUUUUCGCACUGAAUCAGGUCUUGGAGUUCCCAAGAGCAUUUAUGAUCAUGAGAGAAUAAUUUGGCUUGGUGAUUUGAACUAUCGCAUCAACUUGUCAUAUGACCAGACACGGCAACUAAUAUCCGGAAAAGACUGGUCCGGAUUGGCUGAAUAUGAUCAGCUUAUGAGAGAGUUUAAAAAAGGCCGUGCAUUUGAUGGAUGGUCUGAAGGUAUAUUAAAUUUUCCACCAACUUACAAAUAUGAGAUGAAUUCCGAUGAUUAUUAUGGAGAAGAUCCGAAGGUGGGGAGACGUACCCCUGCAUGGUGUGACCGCAUACUCUCAUUUGGAAAAGGAUUGAAGCUGCUUAGCUAUGGAAGGUCUGAACAUAAGUUGUCUGACCAUCGACCUGUCACUGCAAUAUAUGAUGUGGAGGUUGAGGUGUUCUCUCCUAGAAAGUUACAGCGGGCCCUUACAUUUACUAAUGCUGAAGUGGAAAAUGAAGAUAUUGUGAUUGACCUCAGAAUGAAUGCAGCAUUGAGCCAAUUGAGACUGGAAGAGGAUAUGGCUGAGUGGGGCCGUUGACUUGGCUGUUCCUCGUUCCAUAAUUCCUUUACAUAUAUAUCCAGCACUUCAAUUUGAUCACGCGUUUAGCUUUGGAGUGUUCAAAUUCAUCAACGGUAUUGUACAUUGCAGUUGGCGUGCUUCAUCUUUGGUAUUUGUACAGGUUUUAUCUUUGACAAAUAGGUAGAAGUUUGAGGAGGCAGGGUAGACUGAUCUUCAUGGUCAGUUUUCUUGAAGAAUCUUCAAGAAGUGAAACCAAAAGUGCAGGAGGGUAAAAAAAUCUUGGAGAAAAUAUAAACUAUAAGUACCAUGUACAUUACACCCUUUUCAUAUACCAUUACAAACUUUCCGUAUACUAUUACCAUUUCUUCAUACAGAACGAGAAGACGCAGGUAAUAGCUUUUUUGUCGUUUGUGUAAGAUUGUAAGAAGAGUAGCUUAUAUUUGCCCAUGUUUGAGUGUAUCCCAUUUCUUUUGUACCAUUAAAAUUCACAUCAUUCAGAUCUUUCAUUCAUUUAAACACCAAGUCGAUUAUAUUGUACAUUGAUGGACUUGGAUGAUUUGUAUGCCUGUAUCUCUGAUGUAUCAAUAUGCUGCAAGAGAUUUUUUUAAUGUUUAAAACAGUUCAUAGUUUGUAGGACA